UCGUUCAGGGUCUGAGGUUGUCCGACAACCAGCUCCAAGGUGUGCUACCUGGCGCUGCUUUGACAAACAUGCGUGGCCUGGUGACCCUCGACCUCUCAGGCAAUGAGAUUGGAGGUACCCUGCCUCCUGAGCUUGGGAAGAUGCUCAACCUCCAGUAUCUCCGCCUCGCGGUCUCGAAGCUGGAGGGGCCGAUACCGGACACGCUCGGCGAGAUCAAGGGCGAGGCUUCGGGAGCUGGACAUCUCCCAUUCGAGGUUAUCAGGUCCAAUUCCGCUAUCUCUCGGGCGCUGUACCAAGCUCUCCUCGCUAAACUUGUCCCACAACAGGCUCAGCGGCUCGAUGCCGCCUGAAAUAGGCAACUUGCGAGCACUGCGGGAACUUUUGCUCGGCCACAAUCGACUCACAGGGAGAAUACCUUCGUCGUUCGCUGACCUUGUGCGGCUUCGAUCGCUGAGCCUGUCGUGCAACCGUCUAGAAGGGACUCUGUCACCCUGGCUUGGAAAGCUCACGUGCUUGCAACGGCUGCUGCUCGACAAUAACCAACUGUCUGGUCGGCUCCCCAAGGCUCUUCAGAACCUUCGCCACAUCGAGGUCGCUCACUUUCAACGUAACUGUCUAU